AUGCCCGUGACAAUCGUGGACAGGUUGCCCUUGCCGAACCUCAAGGUUUACUCGGCAGGAAGUGUUUUACUAUUAUCGGUCGCCGUUUAUUACGCUAUGAACGUUACGAGCGACCCUAACUGGAGGGCGAAUGCAACCCUGCAGCGCCAAGAUUCGUCGGCUGAGGCCAUCGAACCUGAAGGACCGAGAAAUCUCACAGAACAGUUGCUGGAGGUGAUCACCUUCAUGAUGCAAGAGCCACUCUGUAUGUGGACGGUGAUCAACAUGUCGUACUGUCUGGUGGCGCUGGGAGGAUGGCUCGUGCAGCGCGCGGUGUUCGGGCGGCUGCGCGUGGCCGAGGCGCAGCGGCUCAAGGACAAGUUUUGGAACUAUGUCUUCUACAAAUUCAUCUUCGUGUUCGGGGUUCUUAACGUGCAGUACAUGGACGAGGUGUUGCUGUGGGCGGGCUGGUUCACCCUCGUCGGGGCGCUGCAGCUGCUGACUCAGCUCACCAAGGACCGCUUCGAAUAUGCGUCAUCGUCCCCGAACGUGUCGGGCUGGGCUCAGACGCGCUUGGUGGUGCUGCUGUUAGCGGUGUUAGCUUCGGGCCUCGGACUGCUCGGCGCCGCGCUGCGAUGGGGGCUGCCCGCCGGCCGGGACACCUUCGCGUUCAUGGCUGCAGAGUGCGCCUUGGCGUGCGUGUCCUGCGUCCACGUGCUGGCGAGGAUGGCGCUGAGGGCGAGGGACUCGGACGCCGCCGGCCCGGCCGCCUACUACACGCAUCUCGUCUUCGACUCGGUGGCGCUCCUUCUCGAGACGGCCCACGUGGGGCACAUGGUAGUGCACAGCAACGCGAUGGUCUCCCUCGCCUCGAUGGUGCUAGUGAUGCAGCUGCGGCAUCUGCUGCACGCGCUGCUGGCUCGGCUGCGCCGACACCGCCUCUACACCGCCCUGGCCGACCACAUGAGUCGCAACUACCCGAUGGCGAGCCCCGAGGAGGUGGAGAAGAACCAGGACAACUGCGCCAUCUGCUGGGAGCCUAUGAAGGAGGCGCGCAAGCUGCCCUGCGCACAUCUCUUCCACAACUCGUGCCUCUGCCGCUGGGUGCAGCAGGACGCGUCCUGCCCGACUUGCAGACGAGCGCUGUCCGCUCAGCCGGCCGCCGCACCCACUCCGUUGCCUCCGCUCAACCCGCUCAACCCGCUGACGCACAUCGGCGCCGACCCCCCCCCGGCCAACCACCUCUUCCACUUUGAUGGGUCUCGUUACGUGUCGUGGCUUCCGAGCUUCUCAGUGGAGGUGACCCGCGUCCGAGCAGAGCCGAUGGCGCCCGCGCCCCCUUCACCUCCGCCCACGCCCGACGAAGUACCCGCGCCCCAGCUCGACGCCAUGCUCGCCCAGGUGUCGGCGGUGUUUCCUCAGUACAGCGCGGCCCGGGUGCGGGCCGAUCUUUUGCGCACGCGCUCGCCCCACCUCACAGUCGAGAACAUCUUGGAAGGGAGGCUGCGCGCAGACUUAGCGGGCCCACCGCCACGCCGAGUCGCACGGACAACAGAGAGCGAAGGCAGUGUCGAGCGUGAAAUGUCGGUACCAGCCGUCCCCUCUUCCCAGGACAGCGUGGAGUCAGAAGAACCGUUGGAGGUGGAGUUCUCUGAGAGUGCGUGCGAGCGAGAGACACUGCUGCGCAAGCGCAAGCGGCAGCUCAUAGCGGCGGCGCGCCACAAGUACCUCGAGAGGCGCGGGCAGACCGCGCCCUGA